CUUGCAUGUAAGUGCCUAGUAUAUUUUACCAAUUGUUGACACCAAUUUGAUAUAUGAUAUAGAAGUUCAUUACGGAAUUUUCCUUCUUUUAAUAAUUGAAUUAGGAAGAGAGAGGUUAGAAGGUGUAUUCGACGGUAUAAAUAAAGGAAAUAUGUCUUUAGAACAAUAUGUUUCGGACCAAGCAAUUGCCCUUCUAGGCAUGUCAGAACCUUCAGUCGUAGAGUAUAUAAUAGCUGAAGCUUCUAGUUCGCGUAGCUCCCAGGAGCUGUUUCAGAAAUUGGUGGGAUUUGGCAUGGAGGAACAUAAUACCAAAGUGCAUGAAUUUGCUCAUUCACUGUAUUCAAGGAUCCCAAAGAACAAAGGAAAGUUAUCAGACGAGACAUACAGUUACCGAAAAAAAAGGCAAAGAGAGAUUCUACAAAUGGAGAAUCAGAAUGCAAAGUACGAACUGUUACUAGAGCCUCAGCAGGCAGAACGGUCGAAGAGUUUGCCGUCAUCAGACUCGAGAAAACGUAAAGAAAGACGUAAAGAACAUAAACAGGACUUAUUAAUACGCAAGCAUGGCGAUGACGAAUGGCAAAGUGAUGAAUAUGAAAGCGAGGAAGAAAAUUCGAAUAUCGCGACGAACCCCGAAAAACAUUUUCCCGAAAGAAGUCACUUACCUGAAUCUAAUCCUAGUCCUAAACAUAAUGAGGAUGAUGAACGAAUGGAUGACGUGAAAGAGAGGGAAGAGUUUGAGGAACGAUUAAGACAAAGGGAUUUAAAUGCUUCAACUCGAGAUUUGGUUGAAGAUUAUUCUUCAAAGCUCUCUUCGGAUGAAAUUGCUUUAAGGAACCUUGCAGAUGAUCCAGAAUCUCGCGAAAAAUUAGCUGCGGAACUACGUAAAAAGUCUCGUCGGCAUUAUUUGAAGCCAAGAGCGCAGCAGCAAUUGGAACUUCUGCGAAGGGAGAUUAAAGAUGAGGAACUCUUAUUUUCGGACGAACAAUUGACAAAACGGGAAAUUCAUGAACUAGAAAAGAAGAAAGAACUAUUAAGAAUCGCUGAAGAGCGCAUGAACCUAAGUGCACAAGCUGCCGAAUAUCGGAUGCCUGAAGAUUACUUCACUGAACAGGGAAAAUUAGAUAGAAGGCGAAAAGAGGCUGUCUUGCACCAACGGUACACAGAUGCUAAUGACGACCGUCAGUCUGCUACACCCUUUGGUGCUGCCGAACAAGCGCAGUGGGAGUCUCAACAAAUUUCCAAAGCUCUCGUCUAUGAAGAUAAUAUGAAGGCCCCCACUCAAGAAAAACAAUUUGAUUAUGUUUUUGAUGAUUCGCAGAAAAUAGACUUUCUUUUGGAGUCAAACAUGCCUGGUAAAUCUGAGCCAGGUGCUGAAGCAUCUGCGCCUGCCCUUUCACAAGCCGAGAUAAAGGCAAUAUCAAUGGAGGAGUCCAGAAAAUCAUUACCAGUUUAUGCAUUCAAAGAUGAUUUGUUAAAGGCAAUUGAAGCUUAUCAAGUUUUGUUGGUAGUAGCAGAGACAGGUUCAGGAAAGACUACCCAGUUGCCGCAGUUUUUACAUGAUGCUGGAUAUACAAAAAAUAACAAAAAGAUUUGCUGUACCCAGCCUCGUCGAGUAGCCGCCAUGUCUGUUGCUGCUCGUGUGGCUAAUGAAAUGGAUGUUCGACUAGGCCAAGAAGUAGGAUAUACCAUUCGUUUUGAAAAUAAUACUUCGGAGAAAACGGUUAUAAAGUAUUUGACUGAUGGUAUGCUUUUAAGAGAAUUUUUGAAUGAGCCAGAUCUCGCAAGUUAUUCUGUUAUUAUUAUAGAUGAAGCACAUGAAAGAACACUUCAUACUGAUAUUCUAUUCGGUCUCGUGAAGGAUAUUGCACGAUUCCGACCUGAUCUAAAAGUUUUGGUUUCGAGUGCUACUAUAGAUGCAGCCAAGUUUUCUUCCUAUUUUGAUGAGGCGCCUGUCUUCUAUAUACCUGGUCGACGGUUUCCUGUUGAUAUUUAUUAUACCCCGCAGCCAGAGGCAAACUAUAUACAAGCAGCUAUUACAACAAUUUUGCAGAUUCAUACAACCCAACAGGCCGGUGAUAUAUUAGUUUUCUUGACUGGUCAAGAUGAAAUAGAAGUUAUGUCUGAAAACAUUCAAGAAUUGUGUAAAAUUUUGGGGAAGAGAAUCCCUGAAAUUAUUCUUUGUCCGAUUUAUGCUAAUUUACCCUCAGAGUUGCAGGCGAAAAUAUUCGAACCUACACCACCUGGUGCACGGAAGGUUGUUUUGGCUACAAAUAUUGCAGAAACCUCUAUCACUAUUGAUGGAGUAAAUUAUGUAAUCGAUUCCGGAUUCGUUAAGCAAAACGUCUAUAAUCCAAGAACAGGAAUGGAAAGCUUAGUUUCUGUUCCCUGCUCUCGUGCAUCUGCUGAUCAGCGUGCUGGACGUGCUGGUCGAGUAGGUCCUGGUAAAUGUUUUCGUCUGUAUACUCGCUGGACUUACAACAACGAGCUUGAUAUGGUCACGUCUCCCGAAAUCCAAAGAACUAAUUUAACAAAUAUUGUAUUGCUUCUAAAGUCAUUGGGUAUUAAUAAUUUAUUGGAUUUCGAUUUUAUGGACUCACCACCUCCAGAAACACUGAUGCGAUCAUUGGAGCUUUUAUAUGCGCUCGGGGCUCUGAAUAAUCGAGGUGAACUCACAAAGCUUGGAAGGCAAAUGGCCGAAUUUCCUACGGACCCAAUGCUUUCUAAAUCAUUGAUAGCAUCAGCUAGUUAUGGGUGUGUCGAAGAGGUCCUUUCCAUUAUAGCUAUGCUAGGUGAAUCGGCUUCUCUAUUUUAUCGACCAAAAGAUCGUAUUAUGGAGGCUGAUAAGUCAAGAAUGAAUUUUGUUCAACCAGGCGGCGACCACUUAACUUUACUUCGUAUAUGGAAUGAAUGGGUAGAUACAGAUUUUUCCUAUCAAUGGUCACGAGAAAACUUUCUACAGUAUAAAAGUUUGUGUCGAGCCCGUGAUGUACGGGAUCAACUCGCAAACCUUUGUAAUCGUGUUGAGAUUGAAUUGACUACAAAUUCUGCAGAUUCACUGAUGCCAAUCCAGAAGGCGAUAACCGCGGGGUAUUUUUCUAAUGCAGCACGGUUGGAUCGUACAGGUGAUUCAUAUAGAACUGUUAAGAGCAACCAAACGGUUUAUGUUCAUCCAAGUUCUACUCUAGUUGAAAAGAAACCGAAAAUUAUUAUUUAUUAUGAGCUUGUCUUGACGAGUAAAGAGUACUGUCGACAAGUUAUGCAGAUUCAACCAGAGUGGUUAUUGGAAAUUAGUCCUCAUUAUUUCAAGCCGGAGAAUAUUGAGGAGAUGUAUAAAAGCAAAAAGAGGAGAUGAGUUAAUCAGCCUUUCUAUACGAAAGAACUCAUAAGCAAGUAAAAAACGGGAUUUGAUGGUUUUCGAGGGUUUUUUAUGAAAAAUUAAUUUUCUUUAGCUAAUAAAAUUAUAAAUUUUACCCA